UGUGUGCGCGCGCGGAUGUGUGCGUGCGUGCGACAUGGCCCACGUGAAGAGGUCAAAGGACAAUUUACAGAAGAGGGUUCUCUCCUAUCACUAUGUGGGUCCCCAGAAUGGCACUUCAGGUCAUCAAGCUCCCAAGGAAAGCGCUUUACCUGGAAACUUGCCGCCCUCACUAACCCUAGUUCCGUGUUUGGUUGGCAGCCUCGAUGGUUUGUUCUGGAUAAUGGAAUCCUGUCCUACUAUGACUCACAGGAUGAUGUCUGCAAAGGGAGUAAAGGAAGUAUAAAGAUGGCAGUUUGUGAGAUUAAAGUCCACCCAGCGGACAACACAAGAAUGGAAUUGAUCAUUCCAGGGGAGCAGCAUUUCUAUAUGAAAGCAGUAAAUGCCGCCGAGAGACAGAGGUGGCUGGUCGCCCUGGGGAGCUCCAAAGCCUGUCUGACUGAUGCUAGGACUGCGAAAGAGAAAGAAAUAAGUGAGACCAGUGAAUCUCUGAAAACCAAAAUGUCUGAACUUCGCCUCUACUGUGACCUCCUAAUGCAGCAGGUUCAUACAAUCCAGGAAUUUGUUCACCACGACGAGAGUCAUUCAUCUCCCAGUGUAGAGAACAUGAAUGAAGCCUCUUCCUUGCUUAGUGCCACCUGUAAUACAUUCAUCACAACCCUUGAGGAAUGUGUGAAGAUAGCGAAUGCCAAGUUUAAACCUGAGAUGUUUCAACUGCCUCAUCCGGAUCCCUUGGUUUCUCCUGUGUCGCCUUCUCCUGUUCAGAUGAUGAAGCGUUCCGCCAGCCACCCUGGUUCCUGCAGUUCAGAGAGGAGCGGCUGCUCCGCCCUUCACCGACCUCAGCGACGCCACAGAACCUACUCGGACACAGACUCCUGUAAUGACGUGCCCCCUGAAGACCCAGAGAGACCUCUUCACUGUUCAGGAAACACCCUUAAUGGAGAUUUGGCCUCAGCAACCAUUCCUGAAGAAAGCAGACUCAUGGCCACGACACAAUCUGAAUCUGAAGAACCUCUUCCAUCCUUCUCUUGAGGAAACGGACACAUCCAACCUCCUCUGAGUGUUGCUAUGCAAACGCUGCUGUAUUAAACUUGUUCCGGGGUAGCUUCCCCUCCUUAGGAUUUCUCUGCACUUUAUAGAAUAUUGUAAACAAACAACCCACAUACUUUUGAAGUGUAUUUUAUCUUUCUAUAGUUUACUUGCAAGAGUAUUUUCCUAAUGACUUCACAGUAUGAAUGUGCAUCUUUUCUUUUUCUUUUUUUUUUAAACAAAUGAUGGUGUAACAUUUUGACAUCCAUAAGGACAAAUGUAGAUAUUUUUCUAAAAAACUGUGAGGGACUGACGGCUUGGUCAGUGUGUAUUGUAGUAUAUAAACAUGAAAUCUCGCCAGGUUUGUUUGACAGAAAUGUGAUAGAUGUAACUUGUGCCAUGGACCAAAAGGUCACGUCACCCCAGCUUCAAAUUAAUUACCAUAGCAGCUUGAUGGUGAUUGGAUCACAUUCCUUUAAGCAAAAAAGCAAACACUUAAUAUUCUAAAGGUCUUUAGCCCAAAUGCCAUGACAUAUUGAACAUUUAAAAAAGGAAUCAGACUCUGCUGUCCUUCAUAUGUGAAGUUGACACUACUGAUUUGUCAAUAUCAGACAUCAGGUUACAGUGUUUAAUUUUUAUUUAUUUAUUUUCUUACUGCAUCAGAAGAUGAUUAUGUCCUAACUUUUAUGAUCUCCCCAACUUAAAAUGUAUAUGCAUUGUUGUUAUUUACGUUGUUUUAAGCAAGGCAAAUGUCUCAGUGACCUUGUUCACUUACACCAGAGAAAUAAAUGGCUUUCAAUGGAAGAGGAUUUUAGUGCUUUUUUUUUUUUAAAAAAGUAGGCAUUAAGCUGCUGUUGUAAGAUUUGCUGUAUGAUUUGCAGCUCUUUGGCAUACCUAGAGACAUUUUUAAUUUAUAAAUAUUUAUACAAAAGAAGUAAUCCUGUCAAGAUGACUGUUCUAUAUCACUUGAGAAUGGCAUUAUUUAAUUAAAGGACAAUUUGCAUUUUU